GCUGCCGCUGCAGCAGCCGCGGCUGCGUCGUCCUCGGGAGGGCCCGGUCCGGCGGGCGCCGAGGCCGCCAAGCAGUGCAGUCCCUGCUCGGCGGCGGCGCAGAGCUCGUCGGGGCCCGCGGCGCUGCCCUACGGCUAUUUCGGCAGCGGCUACUACCCGUGCGCCCGCAUGGGCCCGCACCCCAACGCCAUCAAGUCGUGCGCGCAGCCCGCCUCGGCCGCCGCGGCUGCCGCCGCCUUCGCGGACAAGUACAUGGAUACCGCCGGCCCGGCGGCCGAGGAGUUCAGCUCCCGCGCUAAGGAGUUCGCCUUCUACCACCAGGGCUACGCGCCCGGGCCUUACCACCACCAUCAGCCCGUGCCUGGCUACCUGGAUAUGCCGGUGGUGCCCGGCCUCGGGGGCCCGGGCGAGUCGCGCCACGAGCCCCUGGGUCUUCCCAUGGAAAGCUACCAGCCCUGGGCGCUGCCCAACGGCUGGAACGGCCAAAUGUACUGCCCCAAAGAGCAGACGCAGCCUCCCCACCUCUGGAAGUCCGCUCUGCCCGACGUGGUCUCUCAUCCCUCAGACGCCAGCUCCUACAGGCGGGGGAGAAAGAAACGCGUCCCUUACACCAAGGUGCAAUUAAAAGAACUCGAACGGGAAUAUGCUACAAACAAAUUCAUUACCAAGGACAAACGGAGGCGGAUAUCAGCCACGACAAAUCUCUCUGAGCGGCAGGUUACAAUUUGGUUCCAGAACAGGAGGGUCAAAGAGAAAAAAGUCAUCAACAAACUGAAGACCACUAGUUAAUGGAUUAAAAGUGGAGCAAGAGGGCAACCUGGAGAAAUGCUUCAGAACUGGUUGCUUUGCCCAGAUAAUGAACAUAAUGCUUAAUAAUAAUAAUUGAAGAAUGGGAAAGAGAAAGACACUGGCAUUUUGCUUUCCUAAGGGGGAUCUCUUUCUCCUUGGUGGAAUCUACAACUCUUUUAAAACUUUACUCUAAGAAAAGGUAAAGACUUCCAGUUCUCCCGCCAACCCCACCAGACCGUUAAAUGACAAACUCUAGAGUCAAACGUCAACCCCCAAAUAUGCAAUUUCAGAUAAGUUGCGCAUUUACUGAAAUCUUGUAAGUAUUUAUGUGACCAUAAUAUUUCAGGAUACUGUGUUAUAUGGUAAUGAUCCAAAAGUUGGUUACAAAAGCAAGAGGCUGUUGUAAACAUCUGUGUGUCCUUGGGUCGCCAUUGCCAUCCCCUUUGCAUGUUAAGUGACUGCUCAGGUAUAUCUUAGUGAAAUUCCUACCAUUGUUGUAUAUUCUGCCAAACAUCUUAUGUAUAGAUUUAGAGGGGGAGAGAGAAGAAGGUACUGAAAUAAUGAUCUUGGGCUAUUUACAAUGAAGAAAGGGAGAGAAAGCUUUUCCGAGGAUCAUUCGUCUUGGUAGUAAAUACAACCAGCUGAGCGUUUGAGGCUACAAGGAAACCCCAGGUUGGGAAUGUCCUUCUGACAAUAAUUUUAAAUUGCUCAUAACAAGCAUAUUUUGUGGCAUUUGGAUUCUAUUUUCUGCUUGAUAUAAUUUACUUUUCAAAGAAUUUAAUAACUUUAAAAAAAUAUUUAAAGCAUCAGAUGUUUCAUAGAAUUCACUUUAUCAGGUCUCCUGAGAGGUCCACCCGGACAUGGUGAAAUCCGGUUUGAAGAGAAUUCAUGUUUCAUUUAAAUUGGUAUUUCCAAAUAUUUACUAAACAUUUUGCUGGAGAGUACUUUUGCUUUUUUAUUUUUUGGAAAACUCAGAACGGAAAUCCAUUCCCCCCCGAAACAUUUAGAUGUUUACAUUCUAUAUUUUGAUCUAUUAAGGGAUUAGUAUUUUUUUCCUUGUUUAUUGUGUUAUAAGACUGCAUUAGGAAGUUUAGGGAUUCAUCUUUACAGCACAUUUUUAUCAAGCAGUUAUUUCAACCAGCACAUUCAUUUUGUUCACAUUCACUAUAAAAUGCUAUCUUGUAAAUAAAGACAUUCAGCACACUGUGAAAAUGUAUUUGUGCACCUGAUUUUCAAACAUUUCUACUAAAAAUAAUAAUUAAAAAGAACCUUAGAUUUGUAGAUAGCGAUAUAGAAGUAUUAAUUAUGGUAAUAAAAUAGUCACUGCCAUUAAAAUCUGAAGGAAAUACUCGUUAUUUUCCAAGCUAAAUGUGCACUGCACAGAAAGAAAAGGAGCGGGUUUGUCCUAUACAAACCAAGGACCAUUCUUUUCUAUUAUUAUUCAGCCUUUUUUUUUCACAACAGAUUUUUUAAGCAAAAGGAGAAAUCCCUCAUAACAAAAAUCCUAAAAAUGUGGAUAAGUGCUUCAGGAGAGUUAAAGUGUUAAGCAUUCUGAGAAAGGAGAAAGAAGAAAGGAGGAAGAGAUAGUCUAAAUUCCCUGGCUCACUGUGGAAAAUGAAAACCAGUUGUUUAGUAUCAGUGACGCCCAGGCUGUAGUAUUUUAAAAUCUGCUGUUGGGUCCGCAUGUGUCUGAAAGGGCAGGUUUUGAUAUUUGUUGAAAUGACAGGACUAGGAAAGGCCUUAAACCUUGACCUUGACGAAAAAAGACAAUUUGUGACCUUGACUUUUGACAGCUCAUGAAUUGGCCUCGGCUGGAUUAGUAGAUCAAGGGCGCCACCUCGCGUUGACAAGCUUCCCUGUAAUUCUUCAGCUUCAAGGGAAUCAAAAGGUCUUACCUCCUUGACUCCUUGUUUUAGAGAUUUAGUACUCAUUUCUUUGGCUCCAGAUGGAACAAAUUUGAAUAUAUGUAAGUUAUACA